CAAACAUACUCAUUUAUUUAUCUCUUUAUGUCUAAGAUGAUAUUUAUUGUUAUGCAUGAAGCUCAAAAAAGAAGCAGAGUAAUAAAGAAACAGGAUGGGUGUGAAAAAUGAGACGAUCCUGUAGACUGGUCUAGCUGAAGUGAAAGCAGGGAGGAGAGUAUAAUAUAUAAAGGCAGAUAAGCAGAAGUGACUGAUGCACUCUCAAAGCAACUGGACUGCAGGAGGAUUACAGCAGGAGCAGAAGAGCAGACACCCAGCCAAUAAGAAACUCAACAAGGCAAAUUCAGCGAUGUUCAACAGUGUUUAUAAGAAGAACAGUAGAAAUGGCUCGAUUUGUCUUUACUUAGGGAAGAGAGACUUUGUGGACCAUGUGGACCAUGUUGAUAUUGUGGAUGGGGUGCUCAAGGUGGACGUUUCAGAACUUGAUGGAAGAAAAGUUUUUGUGCAGCUGGCUUGUUUCUUCCACUAUGGGAAGGAAGAUUUGGAUGUGAUCAGUUUGUCCUUCAGGAAAGACAUUUGGAUUCAGCAAAUUCAAAUUUAUCCUCCACCUGCUGAAGACAAACCAGUUAUCACACCUUUGCAGGAUGUCCUCAUGAGGAAAGUAGGGGAGGGAGCGCACCCCUUUACUUUUAAUAUCCCAACAAACCUGCCAUGCUCUGUAUCUUUUCUCCCAGCGGCAUGGGACAAAGGCAAGGCUUGUGGUGUUGACUUUAAAAUAAAAGCCUACAUUGCUAACGUGGCUGAUGAUCCAGAUGAGAAAAUUGACAAAAAAGACACUUGUCAAUUGAUCAUUCGCAAAAUCCAGUUUGCACCAGACAAGUUGCUUCCUGGGCCCGAGGUGAAUAUCUACAAGCAAUUCAUGUUUUCAGGAAAGACGAUUCACCUGGAGGCCUCCAUACAAAGGGAGGUUUACUAUCAUGGUGAUCCAAUCCAGGUCAGAGUGAAAAUAAACAACCAGACCAAAAAAGUGGUGAAAAAAAUCAAAAUUUCCAUUGACCAGACAGUAGAUGUUGUGCUCUACUCAACUGACCAAUACACCAAAGUUGUCCUCUGUGAGGAAUUUCGGGACCAAGUAAAUGGCCAAACCGCAUUCGAGAAGGAUUACAUAGUCACACCUCUACUGGCCAAUAACAUAGAGAAAUAUGGUCUGGCAUUGGACGGCAGGCUAAAAGACGAAGACACAAACCUUGCAUCAUCCACAAUUCUGCAAACUAGUACGAACAAAGAGGUACACGGAAUUCAAGUGUCUUACAAAAUCAAAGUCAGCCUCCUGGUGGUCGGUGGUGGUGUCUUGGGAAGCCUUAUAUCCAGUUAUGUUACAGCCGAAAUACCUCUGAUCUUGAUGUCACCAAAGCCAACAGUUGGAACAGAUGUGGCUGCAGAAGCAUCAGCUGAAGAACAAACAGGCAAUAUAAGCCUCAGUCCAGAGAGGCUUCAUCACUGAUCCUUGGGUCAUGGUGAUUGGAUUACUUGAAGUAUAAUGUCAUUCAUUUUUAUUCUUUGGUAUUUUAGCCAUUAACCUGUGAACUCUGUGUCAGUGUUGUUGUACAUAAUUGGUUCUGUAUUAAGUGAGUUAAAAUAAAUACAAGUAAGAAGUAUUACUUCCCCACUAAAUGACUUACCACUAAAUUGUCUAAUUUAAGAAUGAAUGAAUGAAUGAAUGAAUGAAUGAAUGAAUGAAUGAAUGAAUUAAUUAAUUAAUAUUAUAUACACUGGAUGUGGAAAAUAUUUUAGGGGGAAAAAUGGUACUUUAUGACAAAUCUUUUACCAUAUAUUCAUAGACUUGUUCCUUUCUUGAACAUCUGCUUCAGCAGUAAAUGAAUAUAUACAGCAGUUUAUUGAAAAUGGCAGCAUCAGUGACAGUCAAAAUGUGACAGUUUUUACAUCUUUGUUGAAAUUCCACAUACCAAAAGAUGUAUAAAUGUUAAAAACAGCAAAAUCACAGCAGUGAUGAUACUCAGUACAAGAGCAUUUGCUAUAUAUUAUAUUAUGGUGCAGCACAGUUGAAUUCUCAAAUCCGAAUUUGAGAGGCUGUAAAAUUAUUAUCGUAUAAAAAGCAUAGCUCAGACAGUAGUACUUGCUGUAACAUGAAUUUAUAGUUUAUAGUGAUGCACUUAUUCUAAUAUAUUAUUGUUUUUAUAGAAACAGUUUAUUCAAUAUGGCAGAUGUUAAAACCGAGGGACAGAGACAGUGAUGAUAGUGAGGAAACUACUGUUUAUUGUUGCUAUAGUGAUAGUGAUAAAAGGUACUGACUUGUUUACAAACAACAUUUAAUCUGUGAUGUGUCAUUCAUUAAUAAAUUAAAUAUUGUAAUCUUUAGUGAAUCAGUGUAUUAUAAGAGGAAUACCACACUUUAAACUGUGUUAUAUAAAAAAUAAUCCACUUUAAGGUGGUAACUGCGUUCUGUUCAGCAUUGUACCAUAUCACACCAUCCCAGCGUGGAUUGUUACAGAUUGUAUAACCGCACAGUCUGUCAUGUUAUAUCCUCUGAGCAGACAUUGUAAAGU